CAAAAGCCUCUCUCUCUCUCUCUCUCUCUCAUCGCCUCCCUCUUCAAUCCCCCUCUCUCUCUCUUCUCUCUCUCCUUCGAUCGAUUCCCAAAAUUUGAGCUCGAAUUCGGGAUUCAGCUCAUUCAAAUCUUGAUUUCGACAUUCAUAAGGUGAAGUUAUUGCAAGAACUUUCGUUUUUUUGGUUUUUUUUCAUUGGCUUUUGUUCAUUCUGAUGAUGUUUAAUUUGUUUGGAAUUGGUCCUUGGUUGUUCUUUUGAUUGAUUCAUAGAUAAAGAGUUACAAAGGAGAAAUAUAUAUAUAUACAUAUAAUUAGGAUGGCCACCAUGGUUGCUAGAGGUAGCAGCCCUUUGCCGUCGAUGUCGAUUCCCGAAAAGGGGAGCAGGAACAAGCGGAAGUUCCGGGCCGAUCCGCCGGCCGCCGAUCCGGCCGAUUUGGCGCAUCCAUUCCAAUCGGAAUGCCCGAAUUACGAUCUAUUCCCGGCCGAUAGAACCCCGGAGAGCUUCAAUCUCGAGCACCUCGCGAGCGUGUGUGAUAUGUGCAAGACUCUCAUGUGCGGCCCCAAGGGGGACGGAGUCGAGCCGGAGGAUCCCCACGACGCGGAUUGGAGCGACCUCACGGAGACCCAGCUGAAGGAGAUCUUGUUGAGCAACUUGGACGCGUUCUUCAAGAACGCCAUCGCGAUCGUCUCCGCUUAUGGGUACACCGAGGAGGCCGCUGUGAAUGCCGUGUUGAGUGCCGGGCUUCGUUAUGACUGUAGAGAUGCUCUCUCGGCCGUUGUGGAUACUGCAUUUGAAUGGUUUAGGGGUGGGCAAGAGAUAGAUACAUCUAAAAGAGAGAAUCUUUCCGAAGAUUUGCAGAAGUUGGAGAAUAGCGUGCUUUCGCGAAUGGUGAGUGUGCUCCGGGAGGCCCACCCGUUCUUUAGUAUUGGCGACGCGAUGUGGUGUUUGCUAAUCUGCGACUUGAAUGUUUCCCAUGCCUGCUCGAUGGAUGGCAAUCCUUCAAAAUGUAUUGGAAAUGAGGAGAAAUUGGAUGCGUGCUCUAACUCGGACAAUACGGCUUCUCUAGCUCUUCCUGAAUCCGGUGUUUCUCAAAAUGUUCCGCAGCCUGAAACGCCGACUCUGCCAUCUAUGCCAAAUUUAGCAUACGGGAAGUUUUCAGCCCCGGGCAAUGCCCAGAGCAUUAUUCCCAAUCUUAAGAUUAGCAGAAAUCCAGUUGCCUCUUCUGAUCAUGUGGAAGAAUCCUCAUCUCUAUCUCUUACUCAGACUCUGCAAGAAGAGAAAGCGGUUAGUAGUAAGAUGGUACAAAUAGGCAGCUCUAAGAAGGAAUCGUCAAUCCUUCAACAGAAGUCGAUCCACCUCGAGAAGAGCUACCGAGCGUUGGGAUCAAAAGCGGCUUUGAAAGCAUGUAAACACAGCGGGGUGGGGACUACGAUUUUGGAUAGGAGAUGCAAGUCUAUUUCGGGUAAUUCGGGUAUGAGCUUGAAGAGCUCAUUGAAGGUCGGCAAAGUGAUGGGCAUGAACAUAACAGAAGCAAAUGCAACUCUCAACCUUUCUUUUAGCGCGGGGCUUUCUUCUACUUCGUCAUUCAACACAAAGGCGGCGAAUAGUCACCCUCAGACGGCGACUGCCGAUACUGAGCUUUCCUUGUCGUUGCCAUCUUCAAGUAGCUCUGUCGCUAGCACCAAACAGGAUUGCGGUGUUGAAGCUUCUAAAUGUUGCAAUUUUGAUGCUUACCCUUAUGAUAAGAUUUGUAAGGAUUGGGUUGCGGAACACAAGAAGGAUGAGAUUGCCAUAAGCUUAGUUCCUUAUGUGAGGGAAUUGCAGACACAGAUGCAGAGCUGGACAGACUGGGCUCAGCAGAAGGUAAUGCAAGCGGCACGUAGGCUGGCAAAAGAAAAGGAUGAGCUCCAAUCCCUCAGGCAAGAGAAGGAAGAAGCGGGGCGCAUGCAAGAAGAGAGGCAGAGUUUGGAAGAAAGCACUCGGAAAAAGCUCGCGGAGAUGGAAACUGCGAUUGCAAAGGCUAGCGGCCAGGUCGAGAGGGCUAAUGCUACUGCACGGCGUCUUGAAGUUGAGAACGCGCAGCUUCGGCUCGAGAUGGAAGCCGCGAAAUUACAGGCUGCAGAAUCCGCUGCUAAUUGUGAGGAGCUCUCGAGGAAGGAGGUGAAGACUGUUAAGAAGGCCCAGUCAUGGGAGACACAGAGGACUUUGUUGCAAGAGGAGCUUGUCAAUGAAAAGCAUAAGCUAUCUCAGCUACAGCAGCAACUCGAGCAGGGGAAAGAGCAUAGAGAUCAACUGCAGAUCAGGUGGAAGCAAGAAGAGAAGACGAAGAACGAAGCGCUUGCUCUCGCCAAUUCUGCGAAAGAAGAGCGAGAACAAAUCGAGACUUCCACAAAAUCGCAGGAAAAUGCACUAGUGCUAGAAGCAGAAAAUGAGUUGCAGAGGUACAAAGUAACCAUUCGAGGGCUCGAACAGAAGAUUUCGCAGCUGAGGUUAACAGCAGACUCUUCGAAAAUCGCUGCACUGAGAUGGGGUGCGGAUAAAUCCUAUGCCUCCCGCCUCACCGCAGGGAAUAAAAAUAGUAAUCCUCACCUCGUAUCCAAGAAUGUGAAUUCGCAGGAACUGGAAUCCGAUGAUGUACAGCGUGAGCGCGAGUGCGUUAUGUGCUUAACGGAGGAGAUGUCGGUGGUCUUCCUUCCCUGCGCACACCAAGUUGUCUGCAGAAGCUGCAAUGAGCUCCAUGAGAAGCAGGGUAUGAAGGAUUGCCCUUCUUGCAGGACCCCGAUUCAGCGAAGGAUUUGCGUCCGCUUCUCUGACUCUUAGGUCGGCAUAUAUACUUUCCAAACUCCGGUUGAGUUAAAAGAUCGAGAAUAAUGUCUUGUGCAACUCGGAAAAUGAAUAAUGCAUCCCGUAAACAUUAUUUAUUGGGCAUUAAAAAAAACCAUCGAUUGCUCGAUGAAUUGCAUGUUUUUUUUUCUUUUUAUCCGAGAAGGUCAUGAUUUUCGAAUUUUGAGGUGAAAUUUGUCCUAAAGGUGACUCCUUUUUCAAAUUUACAGUUGAAUGAAAUGUUGUGGCAUUUGCUGGAUUAGUUGCAAA